GUGGCUAGGCUUCUUCUCGAAAAGGGAGCCGAUAUGACCGUUCCAGACAAUGAAGGAUGGACGCCACUCAAUUCGGCCUCGAGCAAAGGACAUAUCGACGUGGUCAAGCUUCUUCUCGAGAAGGGAGCUGAUAUCACAGUUCCAAACAAUCAUGGAUGGACGCCACUCAAUUUGGCCUCGACCAACGGGCAUGUCGACGUGGUCAAGCUUCUUCUCGAGAAGGGGGCCGAUAUUACAGUUCCAAGCAAUGACGGAUGGACGCCACUGAAUUCGGCCUCGGGCAAAAGACAUGUCGACGUGGCUAGGCUUCUUCUCGAAAAGGGAGCCGAU